UCGUAUGCUUUCACGACGUCGCGUGGAUCGACGUUGUGUUGAUUAAAGGCCAAUCUUUUGACGAAUUGGAGUUGUGAAUCUGAGCUGUUGGAGUUGAGUGAUAAAAGCUUUGGUUUUUUUUUUCUGGGUUUCUCUCUGGGGCUCGAUUUUUGAAUCCAAUAGCUGUUGAAUUUGGUGUCAAAUUGGGAAAUUUAGUGAACAAAUUUGAUUAUUUGUUCCUUUCUUUCUCUCAUAAAUUUUUAUUCAGAAGACAAUUUUGGAAUUUGGAUAGAUAAGAAUGGAGAAAGGUGAAGGCGGAGGGGAUUUGAAUUUCCCUCCGAAAAAGACUCAAACCGAGGCUACAGCGGCAGCGGUACCGACGACAGCGACGGAUUUCCCUGCUGCAAAGAAGCUCGCGCGGCAGCUGGAUUUCAAUAGUGUAGGUGGCAGUGCAUCAGUUACGGCGACUACUGUUGUUUUGCCGGAGCAUCCACAGCGGCUGGUGGUAGCACAGAUGCAACAGCCACCGCCUACUCUAUCACAACCAAAGCUGCCGCCGCCGCAACAACAACCACCACAGCCACAUCCAAUACCGUUGAUGCCAUCGAUGCAGCCGUCUCAUUCUGCAACUACUCAUCAACAGCCACCUAUAAGGCCCGUGAAAUCCGAAUCCCCAAAAGCACGACCAAGACAAAAUGUUGAAAUAAAGGAUGGUACUCCAAAGAAGCAGAAGCAAUGCAACUGCAAACACUCAAGAUGCUUGAAGUUAUAUUGUGAAUGCUUUGCAUCUGGAAUAUAUUGCGAUGGUUGCAACUGUGUAAACUGUCAUAACAAUGUUGAAAACGAGCCUGCUAGGAGAGAUGCGGUUGAAACUACUUUGGAGCGCAAUCCAAACGCAUUCAGGCCUAAAAUUGCUAGCAGUCCACAUGGAAAUCGUGAUAAUAGAGAAGAGGCUGGGGAAGUUGUUAUAUUGGGAAAGCAUAACAAAGGAUGCCAUUGCAAAAAAUCAGGAUGCCUAAAGAAAUACUGUGAGUGCUUCCAAGCAAACAUUCUCUGUUCCGAGAAUUGUAAAUGCAUGGAUUGCAAGAAUUUCGAAGGAAGUGAAGAGCGACAGGCCCUUUUUCAUGGAGAUUCUGCCAAUAACAUCGCAUAUCUUCAGCAGGCAGCAAAUGCCGCCAUCACCGGUGCUAUUGGAUCCUCUGGUUACGGUUCUCCACCAGUCUCCAGAAAGAGAAAGGCCCAGGAACUAUUUUUUGGUGGGCCCUUAGAAAAAGAUUCAUCCGUUCACAGGCUUGCACCAUUUCAACAGACGAAUCACAUCAAAACUUCAGCUCCUUCCUCUUCUUUGUCUCCUAUUCCUGGUCCGCGUGUUGCUAAUGUUGCACCAGUAGGCCCUUCAAAAUUUACAUACAGGUCUCUAUUAGCAGAUCUUAUUCGGCCAGAUGAUAUGAAGGAGCUUUGCUCUGUUUUGGUGGUAUAUUCCAAUGAAGCUGCCAGGAUGCUUGCAGAUGAUCAGAGAGAAAACUCUGAUGCGUCAGCAUUGAAGGACCGAAUACAAAGCCAGAAAGAACCCGACACCGAGAAAGUGGUGGCAGAUGAACCUUCAGGUGGAGCUCAGACUGAUAAAAUGAGCCCUGAUGAGUCUAGUUCAGAUGGUGCAGAUGCCUCAAAAGGGCGGCCCAUGUCCCCGGGAACUCUGGCGUUGAUGUGUGAUGAACAAGAUACAGUGUUCACCACUUCGACCUCUAAUGGAUUGGGGGCCGAUGGUGCCGAUGCACCUUCUCACUUGCCAAAUGGUCAAGUAGUGACCGAAACCUAUGCUGUACAGGAAAAGAUGGUCUUGACAGCAUUUCGAGACUGUCUCAACAGGCUCAUCACUUUUGGAGAAUUAAAAGAAACACAAUGCUCUUCAUUGGCCAGAAGUGAUUCCGGAGGUCAAAGUCAAAUGGAAGUGGUCGAAAGCAACACCAUCAUGCACACGGGUCAAACCACAAGUCAACGCGAGCCAUUCAGCAAUGGGUUCCCGAGGUCAGCAGUCCUGGCUCCUCAAACAGCAUUUGAAAAUAACGGCACCCAUUUGAAAAUCCCUUUUCGGAAUGAAAACGGAGAAUUGAAAUUAAAAGCCGAAAAAGAGAUAUAAGGAUUCAGAUGAUUAGGAGAAGCCUGCAUCAUACGUACUGUUAGGCCAUUCUUUGUCCAUGGCUUUUCUUUGAUGCAGAGUUGGAAAUUACAGUUUGCUCCCUCCCCAAUCCCAUUGUUAGAGAACUAACAUGAUCUUUGUUCAUUUUUCUAUAUUUUUUUUUAAAAUUUAACAUAGUUUUUUUUUUUUCAAUGAAUUUUUACAGUGUUGAGGUAGGGUUUAUCAUAGGCAGUAGUGAUUAGUGAUUAAGGUGUAAUGUAAUACGUUCCUGUGAUGUUUGUGUAUACUGCUACUAUGAUGGAGGUUUUUUUUUCUUUUC